CGUAAGAUGGCCGCCGUUGUAUGUUGAGCUGAUGACGUCGCAGAAAUUGGCUUCACUUGGCCAAUCAAACGGCGUCUUGCGGCUCGGUCACGUUCUUGGUUGGAAGCGUAAACACGGCGAGGUUGUUGUUGGUGGUGGGGGGUGUCACGCGCGUGAAGGCGCUGCGUUGAGUUUGUCAAGCGCGUUGAGUUUUGCGAACAACGCGCACACGACCGUCGCGUUGAGCAACGUCGCGGCGAUUUUGGCCAUCGCUCGCGUCCAAUUUGGGAACGGACAUGCGGGCGACAAAGCAACGCGGCGUCUUGUUGUUGUUGUCGUCGUCGUCACUCGUGCGUGCGAUGGCACGCGGGAACUUCCGCGGGUUUCUAAUCCCGCGUUACAUCCGGUGUUGGCACUGGGCCGGCGUCAUGGACACGUGCUGCCGCGGAUUUCUGAAGAUUUCCGCGGGUUUCUAAUAUCGCGUUGUACCCGGUGUUGGCACCGGGCCUGUGCCGUCGACACGUGCUUCCGCGGAUUUGAAAACUUCCGCGGGUUUCUAAUCGCCGUGUUUCUGGAGGUUUGCCACCGGGCCCGUGUCUACACGUGCUGCCGCGGAUUUUUAAAGACUUCCGCGGGUUUCUAAUCCCGCGUUGUUUCCUGGAUUGGCACCGGGCCCGCGUCAUCGACACGUGCUGCCGCGGAUUUGUGUCACAGAUCACGCUCGAGUUUGAUUUGUGUUUCACCAUCAUUCGCCGUGUUCAAUCCACUGCUGGAUUAAAACCUCCACCGCCAACCAACCAAGCCGUCGAGCCACCACGCUUCACGUUUCUCCGAUGGCAUAGCAAUCCAGCCGGGUAACCUGCGCCGCUGCACACCAGGAAGCGCAAAUGCCACGACGCGCACAGAGCUCGCCACGCCAAUCACCGCUUGGUCAGUAACGACAGGAGGAGGAGGACGACGAAACUUGUCAGUGAUGCAUUCUACCCCGUUCAUUCACCACGACGAUAGCUGUGUUGUGAGCGGAGCCACCAAAGCGGAAAACUCAACGAGGACGAGCGGGGGAUGGACGACGCCGAGGCCGCCAAUGCCGACAAAGAACCGGAUCGCGAUGGGAUGGCAGCCGCCGAGGCUUCCACGCCCAAGAAAAACCGAUGUGCCUCAAUUCGGAAAUUUGUCAAAUCUCCCCGGUUUUACAUAUUCCUCAGCCACUCCAUGUCCACGUGGGGCGACCGCAUGUGGCACUUCGCCAUGAGCCUCUUCCUGGUGGAGCUCUACGACAAGUCCCUCUUCCUGGCGGCAGUCUACGGCCUCACGGCGUCCGGGUCCCACAUCCUCCUGGGGGCCCUGGUGGGCGACUGGGUGGACAAAAACCCACGCAUGCGCGUUGUGCGUCUGUCCUUGAGCGUCCAGAACUCAUCGGUAAUUCUCUGCGCCUUGGUGCUGCUCACGAUCUUCCUGUGUAAAGUCCAGAUCAGCCCCGUGUGGAACGGCUGGCUCAUGGUGAUGUGCUACGUGGUGGUGAUCACAAUCGGGGUCGUGGCGCAGCUGGCCGGCACGGCCAUGACCAUCGCCAUCCAGCGCGACUGGAUCGUCGUGGUGGCCGACAGCAAGGAGAAGCUGGCAGGCAUGAACGCGACCAUGCGGCAGAUAGACCAGCUCAGCAAGCUGCUCGCACCCAUGACGGUGGGGCAGGUGAUGACCUUCCUCAGCCUGGAGUUCAGCUGCGGCGUCAUCGCCGCUUGGAACUUGUUCUCCAUGGUGGUGGAGUACCUGCUGCUGCGGCACGUGUUCCGCAGCGUGCCCGCUCUCGCUACCAAAGCCGCCGUCGCCGACGCCAACUCCAAGCGAGCGGGGGAGACCGAGGCCGCCGCUUGCGAACUGCAUCCGCUGGCGGAAGGAGAAGAUAACGAGGCCAACAACACCGAAGAAAAGCCUGCCAUCGACAAGAGCUCCAAACCCCAAGUCGUUCCAAACACCAAGUCUGGCAGUUGGCUGGCGAUUCUGGGGAAGCCCCUGCGCACGCUUCGCUAUGGCUGGGUGGCCUACUACCGGCAGUCGGCCUUCCUGCCAGGCCUGGGCCUGGCCUUCCUCUACAUGACUGUGUUGGGAUUUGACGGCAUCACCACGGGUUACGCGUACGCGCAGGGCGUGAGCACCUCGGUGCUGAGCAUCAUGGUGGGGCUGUCGGCCACUCUGGGGCUGGUGGGCACCGUGCUCUACCUGCGUGCGCGGCGCCGCUGCGGCCUGGUGCGCACCGGCGCGCUCUUCAGCCUGGCGCAGGUCUGCUGCCUCCUGCUGUGCGUCAUGUCGGUGUUCGCGCCGGGCAGCCCGCUCGACCUGACUGCCCCGCUGCACAAGCCGCGCCUGGAUCAUCAUGCAGCCGAGCCCACGGUUGCUUACGAGGCAAACGGGACCUGGUUUCAAAACGUCACGACAAACGGCACCGCCACCGUUCAGCCACAGAUCCUCGACUACACCUCGAUUUCGCUCUUCUUUGCCGGAGCCAUCCUGUCCAGAGUUGGCCUGUGGGGCUUCGACCUGUCGGUGACGCAGAUCUUCCAGGAGACGGUGGCGGAGAGCGAGCGCGGCGUCGUCACGGGCGUGCAAAGCUCGCUCAAUAGCCUCCUCAACGUGCUGCGCUUCAUCAUGGUCAUGGUGGCGCCCAGCGUGCACCACUUCGGCGCUCUCAUCCUCGUGUCCGUGGCGUUCGUCACGGCCGGCGGCCUCCUCUACGCGCACUACGCCGUGCGCACGCUGGGCCCCGGCGGCCUCUGCGCCUGCGGCACGCCGCCGCCGGCGCUCGACGGGCCGAGCGGCGGGCCGGCGGGCGAGCGGGCCGGCGGGGAGGGGGGCGAGCGGCGCGGCGAGGGCGACGGGAAGAAGCGGAUGUGAGGGGCCGUUGCCUGUGCGGCCCGUUAACGGCGUUGCCCGCGGUCACUGGAAACGCGUUGCCGGCGGGAGCAUUGCCUUUUGGCGGAUGAGAGGAAUGGCCUCCGGGAGUUGCUAGCGACGUUUGCCUGUAGCCAGUGAGAGCGCUGCCUUUGGCCGGUUGGGGACUGUUGGCCGUGGCCGUCGUAAGCGUUGGCCCCAUGUGCUUGCCGGGAGCAUUCCCUGUGGUCGUCGCCUUUGGCCAGGGAAAGCGUUGCCUGCGGCACGUGGCGAUUUUGCUUGUAGCUACCGGGGGAAGUCGACUGGGAUCAUUCCCUGUGGCCGAUGGGAGCGUUGCCUCUGACCGGCGGGGAAGUGUUGCCACCUUUAGCAGGCAUCAGCAUUGCUUGAGCCUGUUGGGAGCAUCACCUGUGGCCGGUGGCAGUGGUUUCCUUUACAGUGAGGGAAAAAAGUAUUUGAUCCCCUGCUGAUUUUGUACGUUUUCCCACUGACAAAGAAAUGAUCAGUCUAUAAUUUUAAUGGUAGGUGUAUUUGAACAGUGAGAGACAGAAUAACAA